AUCGGCCAAACAGAUUGAGAGAUUGGGUUCUUGUCUUGUAUGGCACUGAUUCUCCCCCACGCAAGAGCCCCACAUCAGUUCGUAGCCCAAACUAUGACUAUGGGCAACAUCUGACAAUGAAGGGAUCACAAGACAGAAGAGGUAGCAGGAGGCGGCCCUCUUUCUAUGAUAGUAGUUUUGAAAGUGAUAGUGAUUAUUAUCACGAAACCCUGCCUGCAACUACGACCACCACUACUACUACUACGACUACUACCACAACAACCACACCUUACUAUCCCAAUGGUGGCCAUCAGAUAUACCCGUGGUCUGGACAGCAGCCACACCAGCAGAACGGAUAUUGGCCUUCCUCCACCAGCCUGCGUAAGAACUCGGAUUCCUUUUAUUUUUGGGAUCCAUAUUACCAACCUUAUGCAUCACAAUCUAAUUAUGCACCCCAGCCUGACUCACAGCAUCAUGACCACCAUCCCGAGCAUACUUGCAUUUAUGAAACUCUAGCCAAAAAAUCCAACAUAUCUGCCCUUCA